UAUGGUAUGGUUGUCACAUUUUUCCUCUUUACCUGUCAUACGAUAGAAGUUUGAAAUGAUUUACCAUUCUUAAAUAAGAACAAAUUUAGAUAUGUUCAUUCUACACAAUGAAACCUAAAAGAAUAACUAAGCUUUACAAUGUUUACCGCUCGUUAUUUGUUUAGAGGUAGUUCUUUGGGUAAUUUUAAUAACCAUAUUCUAAGAUGUGAGGUUAAAAGUACCUUAAUCAAGUACAAAUCACAAAACCUUAUCCGGAUUAAAUCAACUACAGCAUCAACAGUUUUACCCAACGAUAAUAAGUCAUCUGGAGUGCCGGUCAAGGAAAAAGUAGCAGCUAGGAUAGUAAACAGUGCUCCUCAAAAUAUUCAACCAUAUCUGAAGUUGAUGAGAUUGGAUAGACCGAUUGGAUCAUGGUUGUUAUUUUGGCCAUGCAGCUGGGGCAUAGCAUCAGCUGCUGCUCCAGGCUGUUUUCCUGAUUUCUAUAUGCUAAUGCUGUUUGGUACAGGAGCUUUAGUCAUGCGUGGAGCUGGUUGUACAAUAAAUGAUAUGUGGGAUAGAGAUAUUGAUGCAAAAGUAGAGAGAACAAAAAAUAGGCCACUAGUAAAUAAUGAAAUAACUAUGAAACAAGCUGUUCUAUUUUUAGGUGGCCAACUAAGUCUCGGUUUGGCAAUAUUGCUUCAGUUAAACUGGUAUACUGUGCUUGUAGGAGCGAGCUCUCUUCUUUUAGUUAUAUCAUAUCCUUUGAUGAAAAGAUUUACAUAUUGGCCUCAGCUUGUGUUAGGAUUUACUUUCAAUUGGGGAGCUUUAGUUGGAUAUAGUGCCAUAACAGGAUAUAUUGAACCUACUAUUUGUUUACCUUUGUAUUUGGCGGGUGUAUGUUGGACUCUAAUUUAUGACACAAUAUAUGCCCAUCAAGACAGAGAAGAUGAUUUGCGAAUAGGGAUAAAAUCAACAGCACUUAAAUUCAAGGAAGAUACAAAACUAUGGCUGAGUGGAUUUGCAACAUUUAUGACUGGUUCUUUGGCCUUUUCGGGGCUAAUGAAUUCACAAACAUGGCCAUAUUAUACAGCAGUAGGAUUAGUAGCUAGUCAUCUUGCCAAUCAAAUAGUUACAUUGAAUAUCAAUAGUGCUUCUGAUUGUUCAAAGAAGUUUAUUUCCAAUUCUUGGGUGGGCUUUGUUUUAUUUUCUGGGAUAUUUUUAGGUAAUUUAUUGAAAAAAGAUGUUAAAACUGAAGAAUGCGGAAUAGUGGAAAAUUGUAAUAUUGUUGUUCCUUUAGUUAAUUAGUGUACCUAACACAUAAUUAAAUGUUUAGCUUAUGAACCUGUUUAAAUGUGAUAAAUAACCAAAAUAAAUUUAUGAUACAACA